GUUAGAGAGAGAGAAACAAACAAAAACUCAGCAAUAUAUAUGGAAGCUAGCAAAACAAUGGAUAGUGUGAGUGAGUGUUUGUUGAUUUUGUCUGUGUGAGAGAGAACAAAGAGAGCAUUCAUUUUUCUUAGUCUUAUCCUUUUUCCUCUUCCUUUAUAGAUCGGUUUUUUUUUUUUUGUGUGUUGAAGUUUCUUGACCAGACUGAAUCUCGUGAGCUUGGGUUGUUGUUGUGGCUGUUUUGCACCGAUGAGGAUCCGGAAAAGCCAGACGCUUUUCUCCUCUUUCUCUCUCUCAGAUCCCCACCUCACCAACCGGUUACCACCGGCGUUGGUGCAACUCGCCGUCGACGCCGCACCAAAAGCUGAAGAAGCUCCGUUGAGCUUAGAUCGCUGUCGUCCGUCUGAUCAUCCACUCCUACCGAGCAACGGCUGCGAUGAUCCCUCCGGUGAAGGUGGGGCACACAGGCCGCAGCAGCGCAACAAGCAAGAACCUUUGGAAGAGGUGGAAGAUGUUAGAGGGCAACUAGGAAAGGGAGACUCAGCAGGAGAGAAGGGUAAUCAUACCAGGAAAGGAUGCAUCUUUGGCUCAGAAGUGAUGCAAGUUGAUAGCUUUCCACCACCAAGUCCUCCUUCAACUCAAGAUGGGAGAUGGUAUGAUGGAGAGAGAUCUAUUCCUCUCAAGAAACGGAGAGGGAGCUUUGAGAAUAAUAAUGCUACUGCUGCUAGUCAUGAUAAUAAGAAGAUGAAGACGAAGAUGAAUAAGAAAUGUUCAUCAUCAGCUACCCAGAAUGGUGAUGAUGUGGACCGUGUUGGUGAUGAUGUGAGUGCGAGUAAUGGUAAGAAGAGGGCGAGGGGGAGUGCAGUGAUGGAAGGUUCGCGGUGCAGCCGUGUGAACGGGAGAGGAUGGCGGUGCUGUCAGCCGACACUGGUGGGUUACUCGCUGUGUGAGCAUCACUUGGGGAAAGGGAGGCUGAGGAGCAUGGCCAGUGUUAGAAACCGUUCUAUGAAGAAGGAGGUGCAAGACUUGCUGCCUCAACCGUCUUCUUGUGGUGGUGAUAAUUCGUCUUCUUCUUCUUCUCUUGAAAGGAAAAACAAGUCUGGUGGUGCUGAUUAUCCUCUUGGGAAGAGUGAGAAGAAGGCGGCGGUGGCAGUGACAAAGAAGAGAAUGAAGCUGGGAAUGGUGAAAGCAAGGUCCAUGAGCAGCUUGAUGGGACAAACAAACACCCAGGUUGUUGUUGCAGAUGAGAAUAACAAGUAAGAUGAAUACAAAUGCAAAAACUUUUGUUAUUUCAUGUGUUUCAUGGAGAGAAAAAUCUUAAUACUAGAAACUGUGUCUUAUACUUUGUGCUGAUGAUAUUGCAUCCUAAAUCAACUUAAUUAGCACAGGUGCUUUAUUUCAUGUUUCAUAUUUUUGUGAUGUGUGUUUAAUUUCCUUUCAUCUCUCACUAGUUAGAGAUGGGAAUAUUAUUGAAGUCUUGGAUAGUACUGGACACCUUCAGAUGAUCUGUGGAAUGUGGAAUGCUAUAUCAACAUGCACUUUAGUUGAUAUAUAUAUAUAUAUAUAUAUUUUUGACGGGCUA